AGGGCGGGCCGGGCAAGCGGGGCGGGGGCGGCCGCCAUCAGGCACCUCCCCUAACGGCGGCGGCAUUGGGCGCCAAAAUUCAAUCCKGGCGGGCGGCGGGAGCGGUUCUGGCCGGGGUUAAGAAAGUGACUAAGGCAGCGGCAUCGGGGGGGGGAGGCACUGUAGACCGAGAAGGAAACGGAGGCUCUGCCGUGUUCGGAAAUACCCUGGUCUUCCCUUCCCCUUCCCUGGCGGCCAGCUUUGUGAGAAAUCGUGGUUUUGCCACGAGUCUGUACCCARGUGCCGUGAUGAGCGCUGUGUAAAGGCGUGCUGCUUAGAACUGCUAAAGUACAGGAUUAUAAUCCAGAUACCCUUUUUAGGGGUUCUCAGAGGAAUACUUUGUCUGGACCCCUAAGAACAUUUGUCUGGACCCCUAAGAAAUGUACAUCAAGUCCAUUGUUCUUGAAGGUUUUAAAUCCUAUGCUCACAGGACGGAAGUUAAUGGCUUUGACCCGUUAUUCAAUGCCAUCACUGGCUUGAAUGGUAGUGGCAAAUCCAAUAUCUUGGACUCCAUCUGUUUCGUGCUGGGAAUCAGCAAUCUGUCACAGGUGCGAGCUUCUAACUUGCAAGAUCUAGUUUAUAAAAAUGGGCAAGCUGGAAUUACAAAGGCAACCGUGUCUAUUAACUUUGAUAAUUCAGACAAGAGUAGAAGUCCACUGGGAUUUGAAACUAAUGAUGAGAUCACUGUCACUAGGCAGGUUGUUAUUGGAGGUAGAAGUAAAUACCUUAUCAAUGGUGUUUAUGCUGCCAACGGUCGUGUGCAGGAUCUCUUCUGUUCUGUUGGACUCAAUGUCAAUAAUCCUUACUUCCUCAUUAUGCAGGGACAAAUUACCAAAGUUCUAAAUAUGAAGCCGCCAGAGAUUUUAGCUAUGAUUGAAGAAGCCGCUGGUACUAGGAUGUAUGAGUCCAAGAAAAUAGCUGUCCAGAAAACCAUAGAGAAGAAGGAAUCCAAACUGAAAACCAUUCAAAUGGUCUUAAAUGAGGAGAUCAAUCCAACUUUAGAGAAACUGAAACAGGAGCGAGCAUCCUAUCUGGAAUACCAAAAAUUAGUACGAGAAAUUGAACAUUUAAGCUGCKUUUGUAUAGCUUAUCAGUUUGUUCUUGCUGAACAAACAAAGGAAUCCUCUGUUGAGACGUUAAAGGAAAUGCAGUCUAAUAUACAGAAGUUUCAGGACUGUAUGGCUGAAAUUGAACAGAAAAUGAGGCAAUUUAAUGAAGACAUAGGAGAGAUGGAAAAGAAGAAGGAUAAGGAAGUUGGUGGUAAACUCCGUGCUCUGGAAGCUGCUCUUUCAGAAAAUCAAAGGAUUAACACAAAAGCACUAAGUGCCCUAGAUCUCAAGAAGCAAAACUUAAAAAGUGAAGAGGUUAAGUGCAAUGAAUUGGUAACACGUAUGCAGAAGGAUUCCAAAGCUUUAGUGUCAAAGGAGAAAGAAGUAAAGAAGCUAGAGAAAGAACUAAGUGUUUUACAGGAAGAAGGUGAAAAAGAUGCACAUGCUUUAGCUGCAGCACAACAGCACUUUAAUGCUGUGUGUGCUGGGCUAUCCAGCAAUAAAGAUGGUAAAGAAGCUACUCUUUCAGGGCAGAUGAUGAUUUGCAAAAAUGAAAUUGGCAAAGCAGCAACAGAGGCUAAACAGGCUCAAAUGAAGUUGAAUUAUGCACAAAAAGAAUUAAAGACAAAAGAAGCUGAAGUUAAAAAGAUGGAUGAAGGCUACAAGAAAGACCGAAAAGCAUUUGAAGCUGUUGAAAAAAUGAAAAUAACCCUAGAGAACCAAAUAAAGGAGCUGAACUAUUCAGAAGAAAAAGGAGAAGCCCUCCUAGCAAAAAAGAAGGCAUUGACUUCUGAAAUCAGCCGACUGAGAGAAUUGAGUGAAAGUUUAAUGGCAAAGUUUCCUCAUCUACAAUUUACAUACAAGCAUCCUGAAAAAAAUUGGGAUCCAAACCAUGUGAAAGGCCCUGUAGUGUCUCUUUUCACUGUGAAAGAUCUAGCCAAAGCAAAAGCCCUUGAAGCUGUAGCUGGUGGGAAACUUUAUAACAUUAUUGUGGACACAGAGGUUACUGCCAAAAAGCUUUUAGAAAAUGGUGAACUAAAGCAUCGAUACACCAUCAUUCCAUUAAACAAAAUUUCAGCCAGGUGUGUUCAAGAAGACACAGUCAAAUUGGCCCAAAGCUUGGCUGGCAAGGGUAACUUGCACUUAGCCCUUUUUCUAAUUGAAUACGAAUCUGAACUGCAAAAAGCAAUGGAAUAUGUCUUUGGAAUAACACUGGUCUGUAAUAACAUGGAUAUUGCUAAGAAAGUGACUUUUGACAAAAGGAUAAUGACGAGAAGUGUUACUCUUGAUGGAGAUGUGUUUGAUCCCCAGGGCACUCUGCAUGGAGGUGCAUCGUCACAGGCUGCACCAAUAUUGUCUAAACUUCAGGAAAUCAAAAAUGUUGAAGUAGAACUCAAGACAAAGGAAUCUGAACUUGCAGCUGUAGAGAAGGAGUUGGCAAGCUUGAAGAAGGUUGCUGAAAAGUACCAGCAACUGAAGCAGCAAUGGGAGAUGAAGUCUGAGGAAGCAGAGCUGUUGCACAAGAAGCUUCAUCAAAGUGCUUAUCACAAACAAGAGGAAGAGCUGCUUGCCCUGAAGAAAACCAUUGCGGAGUGUGAAGACACAUUAAACAAAACUGAAGAGAGCAAAAAGAAAGCAGAAGCAAAAUACAGGGAAUUGGAGAAUAAGAUUAAAAAUGCAGAAGCAGAAGGUCUAAAAGAACGAAAAAAUGCGGAGCAAAAGCUAGAUGAUGCCAAGAAAAAGGCAGACGCUUCAAGCAAAAAAAUAAAAGAUAUGCAGCAGGAAGUCGAAGCUUUAGUUCUGGAACUUGAAGAGCUGAAACAAGAACAGGCCUCCUACAAACAACAGAUAGCAGCUGCAGAAGAAGCAAUCAAAUCCUAUCAGGAGCAAAUUGAUGCUAUGGUGGCUGAAGUGGCUAAGACAGAGGAAUCUGUGGAGAGGUCACAGAAGGAGCUUGCCAAGCAAAAGGAAGUAAUUGCGUUACAUGAUAAUGCAAUUAAAGAAAAAACUGCAGAGAUAGUAAAAUACAGAGAACAAAAAAAUGAAUUACAACUUAAAGUUAAAGAAUUAGAAUACAACAUCACCAAAUGUCAACAAGAUGCUGCUGAUGCUGCUGCCAAGGUGGCCAAAAUGCUGAAAGACUACAAGUGGAUAGCUUCAGAGAAACAACUCUUUGGUCAGCCAAACACAGCCUAUGAUUUUAAAAGUAACUGUCCUAAAGAAGCAAGUCAGAAGCUGCAGAAAUUGCAGGAGCGUAAAGAGAAGUUGGGAAGGAAUGUGAACACCAGAGCUAUGAACAUGCUUUCUGACACAGAGGAGAGGUACAAUGACUUAAUGAAGAAAAAAAGAAUUGUAGAGAAUGACAAGACAAAAAUUCUUGCAGUUAUUGAAGAGCUUGACCAGAAGAAAAAAGAAGCUUUAGAUAUUGCCUGGAAAAAGGUGAAUGAAGACUUUGGUUCCAUUUUCUCAACACUCCUACCUGGAGCCAGAGCUAUGUUAGUCGCCUCUAAAACCCACAAUGUCUUGAAUGGUAUGGAAUUCAGAGUUGCCUUAGGAAACACCUGGAAGGAAAACUUAACAGAACUUAGUGGAGGACAAAGAUCACUGGUGGCCUUAUCCUUGAUAUUAGCCAUGCUCCUCUUCAGGCCUGCCCCAGUUUACAUCUUGGAUGAAGUGGAUGCUGCCCUUGAUCUCUCUCAUACCCAGAAUAUUGGACAGAUGCUUCAAACGCAUUUCAGGCACUCACAGUUUAUUGUGGUGUCCUUGAAAGAUGGAAUGUUCAACAAUGCAAAUGUCCUCUACAAGACCAGGUUUGUGGAUGGUGUGUCCACUAUUACAAGAUACAGUCAGGCUCAAAGCAGAAAAAAUGACUCCAUCCGCAACAAAGCCAAGAAAGCUCAGAUUCUCGAAUGAACGAGUCCAGAGGAUCUCUAGAGCUGGGAAGCAAUGGUCUUUCAUGUGCAGUAGCACCUUCUUAAGUGUCACAUCGCUUUUAAAUUUUUUUUUAAUGUGUUUCUGUGUCUUAGAUUUUAGUUUAUAUCUGCAUCUUUUAAGAACUGAAAUUCUUAGGAAACAAUCUGUAACCGUCAGUACUAUUUUAGGUAUGAUGGACAAUUUUAAUCCUCUUAGUGUCAUUUCUCUGUCAGCAUUUACAUCUAUAUGUAUAGAAGCAGUAACUCCGUAAACUUAAAAGCCUUUCAAUGAGGGAAAUAUGAGUAAACUGCAUUCAGAAGAUGUGUUGCAAAGUGUAGUAACAAUGCUCCUUGGCUGUUGUCAAAUUCCAGAUGAAAGUGACAUAGGCAAUUUUAAAUUACUAUAAUUGUUUUAUUAUAAUCUGUUAAGGAUUAGUAAUCAUCGACUAACUCAUGCUGUCUUUACCAUUUUUAAUUGUUUCUAUUAAGUAUUAAAGCAAUCAUCAACUAACACUGUUUUUACUAUUUUUUUUAAAUUGUUGCUAUUAACUACACAACCUGGUGGUGUGCUUUCCUUCCUCAUGAUUUUUCACUGAGCAAUGCCUACUCAAAAUUAAACCGUUUCUCAGUUUUCAACUUAUUUGAAUGUAUCCCGCUGCUGUCACUGGCCAGAAAUGAC